AUGUCGUCGUCCAUCGGCACCCAGCACGAUGAAGAGAAGGCCAUACAGCCCCCCGUCGUCUCUGAGAGCCCUGCUCUGGAGUCAGCUCUCCCACCAGAGGGCGGCCUUCGAGGCUGGCUAUGUUGCGCCGGCGGUUCCCUAGGUCUGUUCACUACCUUGGGCUUCUUGAACGCCAUUGGUAUCUUUCAAACCACCUAUCAAGAGACUCUCUUGAAGGACUAUAGCCCUUCCGCCAUCUCAUGGAUCUUUACAAUCCAGCUUGCCCUCAUAUGGGCUCCAGGUACCCUAUUCGGCCGCAUUGUAGAUACCUACGGACCGCGCCCGGUCAUGCUCCCGUGUACCUUUCUUUGCCUCUUCUCGCUGUGCAUGACGAGUCUUAGCACCGAAUACUAUCAGAUCAUCUUGGCGCAGGGAAUUGGUUAUGGACUCGGAGCUGGAGGUAUUUUCACCACCUGCUUGGUCUGCGUGAGCCAGUGGUUCGUCAAGCAGCGAGGCCUUGCUCUGGGAAUUACUAUUGCGGGUAGUAGUAUUGGGGGCGUGGUAUUCCCGAUCUUUUUGCAUCUGGUUAUGGAAGACGUGGGGUUCAAUGGCAUGGUACGCUACACGGCGCUGUUCAUCGGUAUCGCUUUAGUCGGCGCCUUCUUUCUUCUCAGUGCGCGCCUGCCUCCCAAGAAAUGGGACUCGGAUCUCGCAUGGAUUGACUUCAAGCUGUUCAAAAACCGAGGCUUUGCUUUCUACGCCCUCGGCUCAUUUUUGGUGAUGUGGGGAUUAUGGGCACCUUUCGAUUAUCUUCCGAGCAUGGCCAAAUUGUCGGGAAUGUCGGAUUCGCUGGCCCUCUACCUGAUCGCUAUCUUGAAGUAG